AACAAAGAUAAAGCGAGCGGGAGGAAAGUAACAAAGAGAGAAAAGAACGCCGUGUGAAGCAUGUGACGUGAACCUCCCUCCCUCGCAACAGAGGAAACAAAGAAGGAGGAGGAACGCUCCUUCCGCUCCGUCCAUCCGUUCUCCUUGACGCCACACGUCACUCGCCCGCCCCACGACUACGAGCCGCAGCCGCCCACCAACCGGGUCAGAAAAAAACAGCGCAGGCGCGCCGGGAAGGGAAGGCGCCGAUCGACGAUCAGAUCCCGCACCCGCACACGCGACGCGAGGCCAGGCGGCUCGCUCCACCCCACCCCACCCCACCCCACCCCACCGGCGCGUAGAUCCCGAUCCCGAAUCCCGUCCCGCGUCCGCCACGCCAUGGCGGACUGCCGCAGCCUCAUCGAGUUCCUCCGCGCCUUCGAGCACCGCCGCCGCGCCUCCGCCUCCGCCGCGCCCGGCCCCCCCUCCCCGUGCGCCCGCCCCCGCCGCGCGGCCUCGUCCUCAUCCUCAUCGUCGCGGGGGAGGCUCUUCACCUCGCUCUGCGACAACCCGCCCCCGACGGCCGCCCUCGACGCGCUCGCGCUCCUGGCCGUGCUCGGCGCGCUGGCCUUCCUCGUCGCGCCCUACGCCAGGCUGCUCGCGCGCGAGGCCGCCGACCUCGUGCGCCAGUACCCGGACGAGCCCUACUCGUACGUCGCCUUCGCGGCGGGCGCCGGCGCCGCCGUGGCCGCCGUCGCGGGGCUGCUCGCGUGGGAGGCGGCCGGCCACCACGCGCGCAAGUGCGGCAGGCCCCGCUGCCGCGCCCUGCGCAAGGCCGUCGAGUUCGACAUCCAGCUCGAGACGGAGGAGUGCGUGCGCGGGAGCGGCAGGCUCAUGCCGCCCGCCGGCCACGCCAAGACGCUCCUCGCCGCUGCCGGCUCCGCCGCGCGCCUCGUCGAGCUCGGCGACGAGCACCGGGAGCUCGAGGCGGAGCUCAGGAAGAUGGCGCCCCCCAACGGCCGCUCCGUCCUCAUCUUCCGCGCCCCCUGCGGCUGCGCCAAGGGCAGGAUGGAGGUCUGGGGCGCCAAGAAGGUGCGCCGGAUCAAGAAGUAGCAGCAGCAGCAGCAGCGAUGACUGGAUCACACCAGCGCUUACUGCCCUCCAUAAUAAACCACUAGUUUUCUACUCUAGUACUUAUUACAUACAGUACUCUAUAGUAAUACAGUGCUCUUGCUGUUAUGGCAAGUAUAGCUGAGAAUAAGGAGAGGAACAAAGGAAUAGAUACAUACAUGUCUUCUCAUGACUUGUGAUGCACAUCACCCCAAAGAUUAUACAUAGCUUUGCUCUUUCA